AUGCCGCAAGACUCUGGUAUAUCACCAUCUACAGCUUCAGAUCUGACGCUGGUUGGCGAUCAGAUCCCACAGCUGGGGUCGAAGCGGACCAACACCUCAGAGUUGAGUACGCAGCCCGCAAAGAGGUUGAAGCAAGGGCCACAAGCAGAAGGGUCGCGCAACCAUCAGGCGGCAACACAGCCGCACUUGAAUGCGAUGGCUGGGAUUGAUGAGAACGUUAGCCCGGAGGCGAUCCUGGCAGCGAACAAACCCAAGCGCGUGCGCACGGGAUGUCUGACAUGUCGAGAGAGGCAUCUGAAAUGCGACGAGGCGAUGCCCGAUUGCCUGAAUUGCCGGAAAUCGAGCCGAGUCUGCAAGCGUGGUGUGAGGCUCAACUUCAUCGACACUCAAAUCAAAGCUCCGCCUGUCCUGCUCCGGAAUCAAGACUGGAACAUCAGCUUUUUGGACGAGUCGCGGGACAUUGCAUCGGAGUACAAGGGAGGGCUGUCCAAGUACGGAGCAAUCGAGGCAGAUUCACCGGUACAGCUAGACGCGAGUCUCAACUUCGAUUAUCCUACUGUUAGCGCACCCUCAGCACCGUCGCUGGCACACCAACCGUUACCGCCGAUACAAGGAAUGCUCCCCGAUCCAUACUCGGACGAGCAGCAGAACAUGAUGUUCGAACCCCAGCGGGAACAGCACCAUCAGCAGCAAUCAUACGCCGACUCUUCGCACACGAAUUCUAACAUGCAUGGCGCGUCAGACGGUUCUUCGUACACGAAUCAGGACCCGAACAUAACACCACCGGAAGAAAGCAGAGAUUAUCUGAAUACGCAGGAGGAGGUGUUGUUCAUGCAAGUGUUUGUCGAAGAAGUCGGUCUAUGGAUGGACAGCAUGGAUCCGAUGAAACACUUUUCUCGUCUGUUACCUUUCCACGCACUUGGGGAACCCAUGCUACUCAAUGCCUUCCUUGCUUGCGGCGCGCGGCAUCUUUCGCUGGUCAACGCGAAGUAUACCGAAGACAAAGCUUUGCACUACUACGACACCGCGACGCGAUAUCUGCUCAACUCAUUACAGAACCCGAACCGAGACACUGUCAUUUGCGCUACGACCGCUGUAAUUUUAAACGUGUACGAAAUUAUGUGUGAGCGCGCGCUUCAACGAAUGAAUCACAUUGCGGGCGCGAGAGCGCUCAUCAAAGAGUGUGGAUGGAAUGCGAGAUCGACAGGCAUUGGAGCGGCCUGCUUCUGGCUCAAUGUUGGAAUGGAACUACUAAGCUGCCUGCACUUCAACUGGCAAGUGGCAUGGCAUCCUGAUGACUGGGGCGUGGACAUGGACUUUUCCCGCGAAACAGAGUCUGGCCGCGAGGAGAUUUGGACCUACCGGAUGGUCUACAUCGUUGCCAAGGUUGCCAACUUCCGAGCGUCGGUACCCAGGACAGCGGAACACUCGCCUAGGGACGAGCAGAUAAGGCUGCAAAAUCGGUACAAUGAAUGGAAGAGGCUGAAGGAUUGGUGCGAUGCGUGGAACGAGAACAUACCCCGGACGAUGCAUCCGAUGGCGUAUCUGUAUCCCUACCAGACUAUAUCUCAGUCAGCGUUUCCGGAGAUAUGGCUGAUCAAGCGGACGACCAUCGUUGCACGGCUCUUCUAUCACACGGCACUGUGUUUACUGGCGCAGAUCAACCCAAUCAUGUCCGUCGACCACGAGGAGAUGAACGACAUGCAGCAGAAGCACGCAAAUCAAAUUUGCGGCAUUGUUGCUCACGUCAAGGAUCGGGGCGUCGCAAGCGCAGCACUUCGAUGCCUAGCCAUCGCCGCCGAAUGCCUCACCAACCGCCGCGAGCAAGAAGAGGUCCUCCAGAUCUUCGAGAAGAUCCGCCAAGAGACCGGCUGGCGCGUCGGCUUCUUGAACAAGGAGCUCAAAGACAAAUGGGGUUGGCCCGAGGAGCCUCAGCAACCUCCACCUCCUCAGUCCCUGCAAACACCGCCCUCGCAACAGCCUCAGCACAUUACGAAUAUCAUGCAGGCGGCGCCGCAGCCCCUCCAAACUCUGCAGCCGUUCCAGGCGCCCCUCCAGCCACAGGUCACGCUGCAGCCCCCAUCGAUUACUGCACUCGCGCCGGCGCCUCAGUUAACCCGCAGGCCGCCGGCUGGCAUACCGAAUCCUUUAUACGCGGCUGCGGACUUCUCGCUACCACAGCAUCCGUACCAGUCGUACUACGUUGCGCCUAAUCCGAUCGCGCAUCAGACGCAUUACAUGUAUUGA